AGUAGGAGUAUAUUCACAUAAUUUUGGAUCCCUUACAAUGGCAUGGCCUAAGGCUAUUUAUAGCUUCCUUGCUAUUAUAGCGGUAAUAACCGUGAUUGAUACUUGUUUGUCGUCUAGCUCUUGUCGUCACCUCUCGUGUUAUUCAGCUUCCCGUGAGAUUCCCCUGUCGUCUAGUCUGUGUCUUUGGCGAUUGGAGGUAUGCAGGAUGUCCAAUCCUCUUUCAGUGCAUUCACGUGGAGGGGUGGACUCGAGCAUAAAUCUUCCUUGGACCAAGCGGAGCUGCUAAGCUCGGGUUUCUCAUUUACUGGCACUAAAUUGGGGCCUAUCUCGAGCUCGACUGCCUUCAAGUCCCACAUCGAUUGGCUAGGUCUUCCGGUAUGGACUCCUAUUCCUAUGCCGCCCUCUCCCAGAAGCAAGAGGGCUCCUUCAAAUCAAAAAAAGGGGUCCAUGAAGGACUGGAAGGGGAAGUUUGUCUUUGUUUCUACGAGCUCGGGUUCCACUUUUCGUGAGAUCGCUCAUAGUUCUUUCCACCGACGCGUCUUGCCAAUUACUAGGACAAGGAUGAUCGCUGAUGUGGAAAAGCUUUGUGAGGGGCCCCUACAAGCUAAAGUAGUUGGUAACCCACCAGGCUUUGGCAUAGAUUGGGUACAUUUUCUUGCCCAAGAAAAAGGCCACGCACCAGGUCAACACCACUCCCCCCUCGGCCAUAAUGAUGAAGCUCAUGCGCUAGGGCGCCGAAGGCAAGAGCUCGCAAGGGCCUUCCGGUGCUCGGCCUCCUACUCUACACCGUAGCCCGUCAAUCGAGAAGGCCGCUUUUAGUAAAACACUUAAAGUGUUGGCCUCAGCCUUGGUCUUGACUGCAGCAAGGAUAUCUGAGUCCCCCCACAUGAUAGACUUCGGUAACCCGUCAUUGGUUAAAGCGGCUUGCCCUCCCCUACCUUCCUUCCUGCAGGUGACUAUGAGUUGUAGACCCUCUUGCGAAGCUUCAUUCUGCCUCCUGACCGCAAGGCACUUUGGAAGGCGGACAACGAUGCCUUGUUCUAUGUCUUCCUUCACGAGUUGGGCUCGAGGCGAUGUGUGCCUCUAAGGUGAUCUUCCGGUUGCAGCGAGCCGAGGAGAGCAAGGCAAAGGCCUACGCCAAAACCUUUUGCUCGCAUUGAAAGGUGACAACCCUUCAGAGGGAGCUCGACACAUCUGAAGAGCGUGCACAAGCAGCCGAGGAAAAAGCCCGCAAGGCCGAGGAAGGCAUCAACCGUGUGAACUCUUUGUGAUUUUUAAAGAAAGUUGAAAAAGGUGAAAUUUUACCAAAAUACGCUUAAUGAAAAUGGGUGAAGUGU